ACGAGCAUAUCCUUUAAAUGACUAUGCAACACUUACAAGUACAUGUAUGAUAGAAAUACGAGGGUCGUGCUCGAUUUCACAUCGAAGCAAUUUCCAUUUUAUCUUGAUUACUUAUCCAUUGCAUCUUGUUUUCCUUUGUAUCGAUUGAGGGCAAGAAAUUACCAUUAAAGUGUGGGUAUAUAGCCAUUUAAUAGAAAUUCUGCUGCCUUUUCUGUUUGCCGUUCCUCCAGUGAAGUGCUGCUCAUAUAUGAAAUCUGGAUUUCAAAUUAAGCAUUGUGUAGCUAGGACAAAUCUAUUAAUCGCUUUGUGAUAAACUGUAUUGACUUUAAGAACGAAUUUGUGCGUAUCAUUACAUCAGGUGGAGAUUUUCUUCAUGGAGUGUUCUAAACACUAAGACCAAUAUUUACAUUUUAAUUCUAACCCCGUAAAAAAUUGUUUAAGAAGGCCAUUGCUGUGAUUUUGUCUUCGCCCGACGAUCGUUUAUGAUAUUGGUGUCAGGCGCGAUUAUUGCUAAAUCAAUCUAUCUUCCACGAUAAAAGGAUCCAACGUAAAUAACCGACUGACAAGAAGCUCUCGAGGAAACCGUGUACUAGAGGGGCAAUAUUUCAAAUAUGGAUGGAAAGUUGAGUGUCGACUUGUUGAAAGUUCACAAUGCUAAUAUUAAAAGAGAAAACACGCAAGAAAAAGGAACUAUUGCAUCCUCCGUCAGCAACAUGAGCGGACCAACGACCACCAAACUGAAUAGGCGGGACCGUGUUUUCGGGGGCGGGACAGGGAGUACCAGAGAACGGUCAGACAAACACUCGGACACUAGCAGUAAGAUUUCCAGUAUUCCGGGAAAUCGGUUCUCUAGAAUCAAGACAAAGCUAAGGUUACAUACACUGUUUAGUGGUGCUAUUUCAAAACGGUCGGGAUCGGAAAAAGGGGUACCCACCCGAGCAUUUGAGAAUACUUACAAAGUUGAACCAGACGAUGGCACGAAAUUUAACCCCCAGAAGGGAGAACAGAUCAUCAACAAUGUAUUUUCCAUGUACUUGAAAGACAGAGUUUACGACGAGAAGAAAUUUCCACAGUUGUGUAAAACCCUGUCGGAUUUAAUCAAGGAACGUGUGAAAUUGUCGGGAGUCAAACGGUAUAAAGUGUUAGCUUAUGUGAUGGUUUUCGAAAACAAGAAACAGAGCAUUCACUACACCAGCCGGUGUUUGUGGGAAUCAAACCUCGACAACUUCGCCUCCGCAACAUACAAUGGAGCAGAUUUUGUUGCCAUAGGAACAGUUUUUGCCACAUAUUAUGAAUGAAUACCGUGUGAUCCUAUUUUGCUUUUGUGAAAUAGACCAUUUUAUAAAUCAGUAUGUGAUAUUCAUUCCACUAAAGAAUUUUUUUCAGGACAAGGUCAUUCAAUACUUUCGUGUUAGUGAUUCUCUUUUGGAACACGCCACGACAUAUUUUGAGUUGGCAUACAACAACUAGAUUUUACAUGAAACUUAAGAAAUUGAAUGCGCGGAUCCAGUAUUUUUUCGGGGGGGGGUCGAAAUUUGGUAAGAAAAAGAAACAGGCCUCUUAAAAACUAACCAAAAAAAAAAAAAAAAACGUAGAAGGUUGCAUUCUACUUCAUUGGUUCAAACUUACAUUUCACUACCUUCUACUAAUUGUCAUAAAAAGUAGGAGGUCCGAUUUGGACAAAGAUAUUCAAUUGAAAUAAUUUCGGUUUCCCUGUUUUGAGAAGAGGUUGCACGAUUACUUUUCGGUCAAUUUCUAAUACUGGUCUAAGACUGCACCAAAGUAAUUAACUCUAAUUAAGGCACACAGUUACAUACAGCACCGCCACUCUAAAGAUUACAUUGUCCUGAAAGUAAUUGUGAAAUGUAUAAAUAUCCCAAUCUAUGAUUCAUCAUCGAGAAUGAAUGAAAUUGUUACACCAAUCACCAGUAAUUACAUGUAUGUAAAUGAAGGAAAGAUACCAAGCAAAUUGUUCCUGUAUACUUUCCUUUGGGAAUUACACUUUGUACGUAAUUAGUUCAUAACUUUUUUUUUCAUAAAUCAUGAUGGUAUAUACUAGAUCCGCGCAUUCAUUGCAUGCAAUAGUGUUUGUUACGGGUAUUUUGACGUUGCUAUCCAACAGUGGAAUACAAACAGUGUCGGGUCGAUAAAACCAAGCCUUUGAAAGUGGCGUGUGCAUUACUUUUCCUAAUUGGUGCAGAGAUAGUUUUUAUGUUUAUUGCAGUAUAAAUCACGGAUUCAACAUGGGGGAAAGUCGCACACUUCACUUUACACGGGGUGACAUUUCAGAUUAAAGGCGGCAAUCACAAAAUCAUAAUUUGUUUGUAAACGACUCGAGCUUUUCGUUUUUAUGCCUCUCUCGUUUGAUCCUUUUAAAUUGAUGUAAUGUUUGUUGGUCGUCGGAGAAACGGCCCUCGGGAGAAAAUUAUACUGCGCCUCGAUUAUCUGCUUGUUUGCUCAGUAUGUUUAUAGCCCAUUGUCCUUUAAACUUCAACCCUCGCGCACGUAGACUUUGUUAAUGAAUUAAAAUAUUCUGUCAUCGAUAUGACUUUCAAAAUAUUUUCACUUUGUGUAAAUCAAUAUUGUUUUGUUGAUAUAUGAAUCUUGGUAUAUCUAUAGCUUUUGUAUUUUGUGUUCUGAACCUUCUUAUAAAAGUCUUGAAGCUUAAAGUCAUCAAAGAGGAAACAUAAUAUCGUGUCUGAUCGAUCUGUACGUGAAGCCAGUAGGUGCUGUAAACAGCCGGUGUUACUGUGAUAGUCAGACUUGUAUGUAUUAUUAAGCUUAUUAUUUAAAAUGCAUUUUACAUGAAUAAAUUAUAACAUUAUUGAAA